GAAGACAUUGAAGCCGAAACCCCAAGAGGUAAUCUGCAAAAUAUUUCUGACCUGGUGCAGACUGAGGAUGUUUUGAGUUUGACUCCUGAAGAAAACGGAGUGGAUGUAGUUGAUACUUCACCUGAAGAAGAAGAAGAGGUAUCUCUGAUGUCAGACAAACCAGCCCCACAGGAUAUAACACCUGAGGAGCUCCAAACAAAAGAUGAUGGCACACAGGAUGUGAACACCUCUCAUAACUCGCAGGUGAUAGUCGAGAACGUGGCAUCAGAAAUAGAGGAAGCAGAGGAAGUUUUAGAGGAACACAAAGAAGCAGAAACUGACAUUGUGGAGAAAGAUGAAAAGUCAGAAGAAACUGUUACACAACACGAGGCGAUCAUAACCACACAUGAAACAUCACAGGAUAGUAAAGCUGCAAAAACAGGACGAGCAGUUGUAAAGGCAAUACAAACAGUAAAAAGUGAAACCCCUCGACGGAGAUCCCUGCGGCAGAGAAAAGCCGAGGAGGAGGUGAAGGGGGAAAGUCCAGCUGUGGGUGGAGGGAGAAUUCUGAGAGGAAGAACUGUGAAGAGCACGACCACACCCAUAUCUACACGCCACAGCCAGAGAGUACACUGCAUCUGUCUGACUUCUGCAUCUGAAGUCGUGGAGGAGGUGACUGUAACAGAAGAAAUAACCUCCGUGAAAGAGCAUGUUGGAGAAGAGCAGCUGGAAGAAGACAAACAGACAAAUAAAGAGGAGGCCCAGGAGCAAGAGGAGUCUGGGGUGAAGGCUCUAGAAGCAGCAGAGACAAUGAAUCCAGAUGAAUCUGAAAAAGACCAGAACACUGAGGAUGGCCAAACAUCAGUGAUACAGGAUGAACAAGAAGUCUCUGGUGAUGAUGAUGAUGAGGAAGAGGAGCCCCCUGUUGUGCAGAAAAGAUCUCAAAGAGGCAGACGUAAACUCACAGCUAAACCUACACCUAAAAGGCAGAGCAGAAGACUUCAGAAAUAUGAUGAAGAGCAGACAGAGGAGGAUGAGCUUGAAGCAGGUGACAAGGCAACAGAGGAACAGGUGGAGGAACAAGAGGAUAUGGAAGACAAAACAGAAGAGAAGAUGCAAACCGUGGAGGAAGAAGUUACACCUCCAAAGGCAGAAGAAGCAGCAGAGGACGUUAAACCUUUGACUGAAGAAGAGGAGCAGACGGAGGGAGCGACAGAGGCUGCAUCUGUGAUGGAAAUGGAUAAAGAAGAAGAGUCUGACACUGUUGCUGCUGCCUCUGAAUCUGAUGUUGCCGAAAAGGUUGAUGAAGCCGCUUUACCUGCAGCAGAAGAGCCUCAGGAAAAAGACAUUGUCUCUGAAAUCCCUCCACUGCGGGAAGCCACUGUCGUUCUAGUGGACCUCAAAACAACCUGGGCUGAUCUGGGUGUGAAGGAGGGAGACGAAACACCUGCUGAUGAAGAGUUUGUUGCUGCAGAAAAGGAAGAGACGGAGCUGAUAUCAGCAGAAGAGAAGAAAGAAGAAGAACCAGCGGUGACUACAGGAACACCGAGACAGGGAAGGGGCCGACCAAGAAAAACCCCCCAAAAACCAAUUGAAGAGGAGGUUUCUCAGAGUUCAGAGGAAGAGGAGGCAGCUGAGGAAGCAUCUGUGGAAAAGGUUGAUGAGCAGGCUUCUUCUGAGACGGAGGAACAUGUAGAGCCAGAGGAAGGACAAAAUGUAGUGGAAGAGAAAACUGAAGCGAUAUCCGAAGCAUCUGAAAAGGCUGAGGAAGGGGAAAAAGAACAAGAAGAAACAGCGGCUGUGGAUGCUCCUGAAGAAAAAACUGCUGCUGAGGCUGAGGAGGAGCAGAGAGAAGAAGAGAAUGUUUCUAGCUCUCCAAGACAGGAAGGGAUCUCUACCUCUGGAAGGGGUAGGGGCCGACCAAGAAAAACCCCCCGAAAAUCAAUCCAGAAGAAAAAAGAAGAGGAGGUAUCUCAGACUUCAGAGGAAGAGGAACCAGUUGUAGAAAAAACUGCUGCUGAGCAGAGGGAAGGAUCAAUGGAAGAUGAGAAUAUUUCUGACUCUCCAAGACAGGAAGGGCUCUCUACCUCUGGAAGGGGAAGGGGCCGACUGAGAAAAACCCCCCAAAAACCAAUCCAGAAGAAAAAAGAAGAGGAGGUAUCUCAGACAUCAGAGGAAGAGGAGGCAGCUGAGGAAACAAGUGUAGAAAAAACUGUGGCUGAGGCUGAAGAGGAGAAUAUUUCUGGCUCUCCAAGACAGGAAGGGAUCUCGACCUCUGGAAGGGGUAGGGGCCGACCGAGAAAAAAACCCCGAAAAUCAGAGGAAGAGGAGGCAGCUGAGGAACCAGUUGUAGAAAAAACUGCUCAUGAGGCUGACGAGGAGCAGAGGUUAGAAACAAUGGAAGAGGAGAAUAUUUCUUGCUCUCUAAGACAGGAAGGUAUCUCUACUUCUGGAAGGGGAAGGGGCCGACCGAGAAAAAAACCCCAAAAACCAAUCCAGAAGAAAAAAGAAGAGGAGGUAUCUCAGACUUCGGAGGAAGAGGAACCAGUUGUAGAAAAAACUGCUGCUGAGGCUGAAGAGGAGAAUAUUUCUGGCUCUCCAAGACAGGAAGGGAUCUCUGCCUCUGGAAGGGGUAGGGGCCGACCAAGAAAAAACCCCCAAAAACCAAUCCAGAAGAAAAAAGAAGAGGAGGUAUCUCAGACAUCAGAGGAAGAGGAGGCAGCUGAGGAAACAAGUGUAGAAAAAACUGCUGCUGAGGCUGAAGAGGAGAAUAUUUCUGGCUCUCCAAGACAGGAAGGUAUCGCUACCUCUGGAAGGGGAAGGGGCCGACCGAGAAAAACCCCCCAAAAACCAAUCCAGAAGAAAAAAGAAGAGGAGGUAUCUCAGACAUCAGAGGAAGAGGAGGCAGAUGAGGAAACAAGUGUAGAAAAAACUGCUGCUGAGGCUGAAGAGGAGAAUAUUUCUGGCUCUCCAAGACAGGAAGGUAUCGCUACCUCUGGAAGGGGAAGGGGCCGACCGAGAAAAACCCCCCAAAAACCAAUCCAGAAGAAAAAAGAAGAGGAGGUAUCUCAGACAUCAGAGGAAGAGGAGGCAGAUGAGGAACCAGUUGUAGAAAACAUUGCUGCUGAAGCUGAACAGGAGAAUAUUUCUGGCUCUCCAAGACAGGAAGGGAUCUCUGCCUCUGGAAGGGGUAGGGGCCGACCGAGAAAAACCCCAAAAAAAACAAUCCAGAAGAAAAAAGAAGAGGAGGUAUCUCAGACAUCAGAGGAAGAGGAGGCAGAUGAGGAAACAAGUGUAGAAAAAACUGCUGCUGAGGCUGAAGAGGAGAAUAUUUCUGGCUCUCCAAGACAGGAAGGUAUCGCUACCUCUGGAAGGGGAAGGGGCCGACCGAGAAAAACCCCCCAAAAACCAAUCCAGAAGAAAAAAGAAGAGGAGGUAUCUCAGACAUCAGAGGAAGAGGAGGCAGAUGAGGAACCAGUUGUAGAAAACAUUGCUGCUGAAGCUGAACAGGAGAAUAUUUCUGGCUCUCCAAGACAGGAAGGGAUCUCUGCCUCUGGAAGGGGUAGGGGCCGACCGAGAAAAACCCCAAAAAAAACAAUCCAGAAGAAAAAAGAAGAGAUUUCUCAGACAUCAGAGGAAGAGGAGGCAGCUGAUGAACCAGUUGUAGUUAAAACUGGUGAAGAAGAGAGAGUCAAAAAGGUUGAAGAGCAGUUUGCUUCUGAGAAGGAGGAACAUGUACAGCCAGAAGGAGAGGUGGAGCCAGAGGAAGGACAACGUGUAGUGGAAGAGAAAACUAAAGUAAUAUCCGAAACAUCUGAAAAAGCUGAGAAAGGGGAAAAAGAACAAGAAGAAACAGCAGCUGUGGAUGCUCCUGAAGAAAAAACUGCUGCUGAGGCUGAGGAGGAGCAGAGGGAAGAAGCAAUGGAAGAGGAGAAUGUUUCUGAUAGCCCUAUUGAAGCAGAACAAACUGAGCAGGAGGAGGUUGUAAAGGAACCUGAAGGGCUGGAGGAGAAAGCAGAGCAUGCAGCCACAACACCUGAAUCAGUGGAGGAGAAAGCUGAGGAUGCAGCCACAACACCUGAAUCAGUGGAGGAGAAAGCUGAGGAUGCAGCCACAACACCUGAAUCAGUGGAGGAGAAAGCAGAGGAUGCAGCCACAACACCUGAAACAGUGGAGGAGAAAGCAGAGGAUGCAGCCACAACACCUGAAACAGUGGAGGAGAAAGCAGAGGAUGCAGCCACAACACCUGAAACAGUGGAGGAGAAAGCUGAGGAGACAGCAAAAGAAGAUGAAGAGGAAAAGGAGGGGGAGGAGGAGGAGGUUACAGUCAUGGAAACCAGAACACGGAGAGGUAAAAAGCUAGCAGUCAAAGCCACACCGAGACGCAAAUCUGCAAGAAGACAGAAUAAGGUCAAGGAAGAGGAGGCUUCUGAGAUUUUAGAAGAGGAGCCAACAGUUGAAGUCAAAGUUCUCAGGGGGGGAAGAAAGUCUACCCCUGUGCAAAGAAAAACACCAAAAAAGACACGCAAACAACUCCAAGAAGAAGAGAAGAAAGAAGAAGAGGAAUCUCCCAUGGAUGAGGAGAAAGAGGCAGAGGAAGAGAAGGAACAAGUUGAGGAGGAAGCAACCCAACAAGCAGAGCCAGAAAUCACAGAGAAAGAGGUUUUGGUUUCGGAGGAAUCAGUCAUCCAACAAGAUGCUCCAGAGGAGGAACAGGCCGACAAAUCUGAGAGAGACGUACAAAGCGCUGAUGAUGAAAAGACCUCAGAUGAUGUUGUCCAGGAAGCUGUCACACAGGAUUCAGUGGAGGAGGAGAAGUCAAUACAUGUAGAAGAAGAGUCAGAAGAAGGACAAAUGACACAAACUGAAGAGGAGGAGACCACGACUGGAGUGACAGACGCCUCAGAUGAUUUAGUCGAAGAAGGAGAAACAGAAACAUCAAAACCUGAACCAGCCACUGACUCAGCUUCACGUACACCUGCUGAAGAGGAGGCAACACCCGCAGAAGAAGAGCAACAGAGCAAUGUAGUGGUACAACAGCUUCCUGAGCUCCAAAGAGUCAGCGUGGUUUUAGUGGAUCUGAAAAAAACACAUCUUGAGGUCCUCAAAGAGACAGCAGCUGUGGGGGAGAAGGCUCCCCUGGGAGAAACUUCUAUUGAAGGAGAAGAGGAGCAGAAGGAAGAAACUAAAGAAGAAGAAGCAGGACAAGCAGAAGAUGUUCCUGUUGAAGCAGAACAAACUGAGCAGGAGGAGGAGAAAGCAGAGGAUGUAGUCACAACACAAGAAACUGGCAAGGGGAAGGCCGAGGAGACGGCUAAAGAAGAUGAGGCCAAAAGUGUUGAUGAAGAGGAGGAGGAGGUUAAAAUCAUUGAAACAAGAACACGGAGAGGUAGAAAGCCAGCUGUCAAAGCCACACCGAUAUGCAAAUCAACAAGAAGAACACAGAAAAAGGAUGAGGAAGAAGAGGAGGUGGCUUCAGAUAUUGUUUAUGAGGAACCAGGAGUUCAAGUCCGAGUUCUCAGGCGAGGGAGGAAGUCUAUCACAGUCGCUCCAAGAAGUUCCAGAAAAAGAACCCGUAAGCAACUUCAGGAAGAAGAGGAGGAGGAGGGAAAGGAAUCUACAGCAGACGAGGGGAACAAGGCAGAAGAGGAAGACGUACAAGCUGAAGAGGAGAAACUUGAGGAUAAGGAUGAAAAUCAACAAGCAGAACCAGAAAUAAGUGAAGAGAAAGCUGAGGAUGCUCCAGAGGAAGGACAGGCUGACAGUAGUGAGACAGAGGGACAAGCUACUGAAGCCUCAGAUGAUGUUGCUAAAGAAGCUGUCACAGAACAAGAUACUGUCAAGGAGGAACAGUCAGUCUCCACCGGUGAAGGUGCAGAAGCUGAAACUGGGGAAUUGGCAAAAGAGACACAGCUAACUGGAACUGAAGACCAGGCAGAUCAGGAGGAGGACAUACCGGUUAUUGAAACAAGAGUUCUGAGAAGUGGUGAAAAGAAGGGAAGAAGGUUAGCUCCUUCCUCGCUCAGAGGUAAAUCCAAAAGAGCAAGAACACAGCUUGAAACGGAGGAAGAGGAAGAUCAAACUACCCCAGCUGAAUCAGAGGAUGCCAAAGCAGAGCUGGGAGAGGCUGUAGAAACGAGGAAAGCAAAGAUGAAAAGAUCGAAGAAGAAACUCAAGAGGAGGCUGCAACUCAGGAAAAAGAAACGACAGAACCAGAAGAGGACUUGGAAAAAGUUGUCGCUGAAGCAGACGAAUCCCCCAAAGAGCAAGAGACCCUGGAGGAGGAACAGCCAGCUGAUUCAGAAGGACAGACGGAAAGCCAAGAGAGCCCGCACAGAUGUUCAGCCUGAGGAAGAGGGAGACGAUGAAAAAGAAGAAGAGGAAGAAGAGUCAGAGCGGGACUCACCUGAGGAGAAAGUGGAGACGACAGGAGAGGAUCCUGAGAAGAAAGAUGUGGAAGAGGAGGAGGAAAGCGUGGCAGCUGUGGACGAGACCGGCACCGACACGAUCGAGACUUCAGCAGCUGAAGUAGAUGAGGAGAGCACAGUCGUAGAGAAAUCUACAGAAGUGGAUUCUGACACAGCCGCCGCUCCAGAAGAGGCCCUCGUUGAAGAUGAAUCAGAAAAGGAGGUUGAAGAAGCUCCAGCUCCAUCUACAAGAACUUUACGAAGAUCCAUAAGGCAGAAUUACCAAGAGAAGGAAAGCGAUGAGGAUGAUGCAGAGCUGUAUGCAGACGAUGCGGAGCCUGCAACUGAAGGUCCUGCUGAGAAAACAGCUGUUUUGUCCGACCACAGAGCGGUGGAAUCACCAGAGAACCAGACAUCAGAGAGUGAAGAAGAGAAAACCAAGGACAUCUCGGUGAGAGUCAGAAGUCCCAGGAAGAGGAUGAAGACUGAUGAUGACGACAAAGAAGAGGUCCUAACAGAAGAACGGAUAUUACAAAGAAGAAGAUCCAGACGUAUGAGGCGGCCCGUGGACUACAGAGAGAACGUUGUUGAGGAGGAGAGAGCGACAUUGGGCACAGAGGAAGAGAGUGAAGGAAGCCAACAGAGAGAGUGUAGAGCUAGUAAAAAGGGAGGCGCUCUAGACACAGACGAAGAGGCAGAGUCACCAGACGAGCAGGACAUGUCGGAGGAAGAGGCGGAGCCUAUAGUGAUCGAAAAGAGACGUUUAAGAGGGAGGUUAGUUCCUUCAGUUUCGAUCACGCCCACACGGCACAGCACUAGAGCUACAAAAGAAGAGUCUGAUGAACAGGAUAGCCCUCAGCCAGCUCUGAAGAGAAUUGACCGCAAGAGAAAGAGCGAGGAGGCGACACCAAUCCGCAAAUCCAAGCGUCUCAGCAGAGUUUAGGAUUGACCAGGAAUGGGUAGGGUUGUCACAAUGCAAAUAUUUAAACUUCGAUAUGACGCUAAUGAAAAUCAAAUGAUGUCAAUCCUGUUUGAAUACCACAGCAACAAAAAUAGAAGAACUUAAGUCAUUUUUUUGCAUUGGAUUGCCAAAAAUUGCAUGCAAACUCCUGCAGGCUGUCUUAAUUGUACAAAAACAUUGGCAACAUUUCACAAGCCUCCUCUUCGUCUUCGCUUAAGGCAGCUUUUUUUAAAAACUUAAAAUUUGAAGCUUGAUACUACCGAUCAUUUAUACAACAGAUCGUAUCGUUUUAAAACCUGUGGUAUCAAUGAGUAUUGAAUUAUCUAAACUUUUGACGCCCUUAGUCUGAAUACUAGUGAUUUUUCAUGACAACACUUUCUGAAAUAGUCACAAAAACACGACACACACAGUACACAAAGACAGAAAUGUACUUGUGUGAUUGUGCAAACAAAUUUCAAAUGGAAGUAUUUUCGUGCAGUUCGUUGUGGUGGAAGCACAAAUUUUGAGCCCGCCAGCCUCCAUGGACUUUUUUAUUUUAGCCCAGAACUUCCUUAUAAACUAAACUAACUAUCAUGUGUGUCAACAGUUUCCACUCUUUGCCUCACACAGGACCCCAGUUUCUUAGGAAUAUUCUCACAAACUACCGUGAGACAGGGUUGGCCAUUGAUAUAAAAUGCAAACUGUAUUUAAACCUCUAAAUGCACCAACCAGGAGCGGCACUCUCAACCUCCUUGUUUCCUGUUACAAUGCAAUGACAAUAAAGGCCUUUAACUCACUAAAGUAAUGUAAUGUAAAGUCACAAUUGUACAAAAAUGGGGGGAAAGUUCAUACUUAAUAACCACAAACUCACUGAUAAUGUGUUUCCUUGAUUUUGAGAUUAAAACCAACAAAUACCAACCUGGAUGGAAACAUGCAGCAGGGCCAGAUUUGAUUAUUUAUUUAACUAUUUCUUUAAAAAAAAAAAAAGCCAUAAUAUGCAUUUUAAUGACAACUUUGAAAAGUGGUGAAUAAUAUUUUUAUAUUGUAAAUAUUUGCUUCUCUCAAUGUGAAUGUGUUUGAAUUUAGGGUGUAGGAGCUGAAAAUGUUUGCGGUUUCUUUUUCCGAUUGAGAUUUUAUUUUGAGGAUUUGUGUCGGUGAUUUUUUUGAACUCAGAAUUAUGCAACAAGAGUGAAUGAAGAUAUUUGGUGAGAUCAAAGGAAUUGGUCCUUUUUUGAAUUGUGAGACUCUCCAACAGAUUCAUACUGAAGCCCUGAGCAGACCUUCAUGCAUUAUAUUUUUACUCCGAUUUCCUGUGAUUACAAGUACAUUUCGGUUGUUACCUUGAAAAAAUUAUGACGUUAUACUGAGAUUAGGAGAUGAUCAAGUCGAGCCCCUGAGACAACAAAAGAAAGGUACAUGUUAUCAAAAGGAAAUAUGAGUAAAGUUUGGUAAUGUAGGGCUUCUGUAGAUUCUUCCUUCACACAGGAUUAAGAUUCGUUUUUUAGUUCUUCUUUGUGUGUUUGAUAUUUAGUGAUCUGUACUUUUACCAAAACACGUUGAGCUGAACUCAGGUCUUUACACUAACAUGUUAUUUUUAGAUUAACAUAUGUCAUGUAGAGAUUUUAAAGCGUAGCUGUGUGGGUGUUGAUAGUCGUCUCAUAUUUAACCCCUCACAUGUUUCUUUUCAUCACUUUUAGCGAGGAUGAUUUUCUGAAGCCAUCGUGUAGCCUACGUCACGUUGGUAUGUUUAAUUUUGUGAUCUUUUGUAGUCAUUGAUGUCCGUUCAAUGUCAUUUGUAACUUUAGCCUAACGUCAUUAAGCUGUUCGACAUUUGAUAUUUCUCAGACAUAUUUGAGUGUGCAGCACUUCGGGACAUGACCUAUGUGUAUUUUUCCUAAGCAAUGUUUUUCACUAGAUUUACCUUUUCUGUAAAGUUAUUUUUCCAUGGAUUGAAUUCACUAUUUUUCUGUGUUAAAUAAAGAUUUCUGAAGAUAGCAUUUCA